GAUCGGAAUGUACAUUGGCGCAACUGCACCUCAGAUUGAUGACUCGAAUUCGUGUCCGUGGGGUUCAAGAGAAGACUUCUCAAAUCAUAUCAUCAUAUUUUCCCCCGAAGCGAUGACAAUUUGAUACGGGACUUCAUUGCUUGAUAUAUCAUGGCACCGACAGAUGAGACGAGUCGACUGCUUCCACCGCUGACCGACGAACAACGACAACUAGCGCAACAAGAAUCGACCGUAGAAAAUGGCCCAGCCGAAUACGGUGGAAUAGGAAGCGCCAUACGUCGACAUUCAUCUGCACAUCUUCCUCCUUUCCACGAAGAAUAUCCUUCCUCUGAAGAGCCAUCGUCGACACUCGCAAUCUGGACGGUGGUACCUAUAUUACUCAUUGGCGUCUUUGUGGCCAAUGCCGAUGGCUCCCUUGUCAUUGCGUCGAGUCAGCAUAUCGCCUCGGAAUUUCACGAGCUGUCCAAGGCAUCAUGGCUUGUUACGAGUUUCAUGCUGGCCGUGUGCGCGAGUCAGCCGCUGUACGGCAAAUUGAGCGACAUCUUCGGCCGCAAGGCUAAUCUAGUCGUAUCAUAUGUCUUCUUUGCCGCAGGAUGUUUUCUGUGCGGCAUUGGCCGUCAAUACUGGCAUGUCCUUGCCGGUCGAGCCAUCUCAGGCAUCGGAGGAGCCGGUAUGACUGCGCUGGUCUCGAUUAUCAUAGCAGACAUGGUACCAGUCCGCAGUGUUGCCGCCUGGAGAAGCUAUGUCAAUGUGGCGGCCACUCUUGGACGUUCUCUUGGAGGACCUGUUGGAGGCUGGCUCACAGACACUAUUGGUUGGCGGUGGUCUUUCUACGGCCAGUGUCCAUUGACACUCAUCGGCCUGCUUUUGAUUCUGUGGAAACUCCCGCACAGAACUAAUCACACCAGCAAGGAUGGAACGCAGUCCUUCUCGGAGAAGCUUCGCAGGGUGGACUUCGUUGGCGCCCUGGUCCUUGCUGCUGCCAUCUGCGCAUUUCUGCUUGUUCUGCAAUCCUUCACGAAUGACAUGCCCUGGUACUUCGCCCUGGCUGCCGGCUUGUCUUUCCUCGCCCUUAUCGUCCUCUUCGUUGUCAUCGAACGCCAUUGGGUUUCCGAGCCCAUUGUUCCGCUCGGUCUCAUCAUCAGAAGAGAUACGCUGACGCCAUACAUGAUUGCUGGUGCUCAAAUGGCGGCACAAUUCGCCAUGUUCUACUCGGUUCCGAUAUACUUCCAGAUAGCGCACUACUCGGUCUCGGCUGCAGGUCUGCGUUUGGUACCAGCUGUCGUCGGCAACGCCAUCGGCGGUCUGCUGUCCGGCUACAUCAUCUCGGAAACUGGUCGAUACAAGGCGCUGACUAUUCUAGCAAGCGCAGCAGCUUCAAUUGGAUACCUGUUGAUCCUGAUACGGUGGCAUGGUACCACACACUGGGCUGAACUGAUCUAUUUCUCGCUUGGUGGUUUCGGGUCGGGCAUUAUUCAAUCGACCAGCUUCGUCCAUUUGGCUGCCAGUCUGGAUCAAAGCGAAAUUGCGAUUGCAGGAACCAUUUUGUACUUGGCUCAGAACAUCUUCGUGCUGGUCGGCAUUCAAGUCGCGACGGCGGUCUUGCAGGGUCGUCUCCGGGUGUCCUUGGAACACGACUUGGGUGAUGUGAAAGACAGAGCAAAGAUCAUUGAGCAAGCAAUAUCCAGCAUCGACUACAUCUGGGAUAUGCCUCCUUUGGUCAGGAAGCUAGUGGUCCGGGCCUACUUCAACAGCUUGACAUAUUCAUACGGAGUUUCAAUAAGCUUCGCUGUCGUGGGGUUGUGUAUUGGUUUGACACUGAAGGCUCGCAAGUUGUAGUUGAUGAGGCUAUGUGACGAGCGUCUUCCCAGAAAAAGUGACACCGUCUGAUCGGGCGCAUAUCAAAGACUCAAGGCCGAGCUCAAGCUGGUUCACAACAGCGGAUACCUCGACAGCAACAUAGGGGCACUGUACGGCAGAGCUGAUGGCCUCCUCUCUGCCA